AUUCUACAAUAAGAUGGACUUGCUACCCUACGAUGUUGUGGAGCAUAUUCUGGAGAGACUUGAUGUGAAAACCUUGCUCAAGUUCAAGUUCGUAUCGAAGCAAUGGAAAUCUACAAUCCAAUGCCGUGCUUUCCAAGAAAGACAACUGAUGCAUCGUAGGCAAUCAGGUAAUCCAGAUGUCCUUUUGGUAUCCGUAUGUGAUGAAUCUUAUCUUAUUGGUACAGAGCUUGAAGCUAUGAGAACGUUGGUAGUGGGGUCAUCAGUUUCGGUUAGGAUCCUUACUCCUUGGGAAAAAACCUUGUACAAAGUUUGCCAGAGUAGCUGUGACGGCCUGAUAUGCCUCUACAAUGACUAUCCUAAGAAUAUUGUUGUUAAUCCCACCACUCGAUGGCAUCGAACUUUCCCUCGUUCUACCUAUCAACGACUCACUAGUCAUGGAGAAUCAUGGGCUAAGCUUGGAUUCGGUAAAGACAAAAUCAAUGGCACAUACAAGCCAGUUUGGUUAUACAAUUCUGCUGAAUUAGGCGGCCUUAACGAUGACGACGACAACAACAACACUAGUACUAUUUGUGAAGUUUUUGAUUUUACCUCCAAGGCUUGGAGGUAUGUUGUCCCCGCGUCCCCCUACCCGAUACUUCCUUACCAAGAUCCUGUAUAUGUAGAUGGGUCACUUCAUUGGCUCACUGCGGGUGAAACCACCAAUGUUUUGUCUUUUGAUCUUCAUACCGAAACUUUCCAAGUCAUGUCUAAAGCUCCCUUUCUCCACCACCACGACCACUCUAAUAGAGAGUUGGUCAUGUGCAACCUUGAUGAUCGUUUGUGCGUAUCAGAAAAAAAUGGCCACCAAGUGAUAUGGUCGUUGGAUUCAGACCACAAGACAUGGAAGGAAAUAUAUUCCAUAGAUCUCAAUAUAACUUCUUUUUGGUUUGGGAAGCAUAGAUUCGCACUCACGCCACUAGCAGUUGUGGACAAAGACAAGUUAUUGUUUUGUGAACCUAACUCCGGAGAUCAAUUGGUAACACAUGAUCCCAAAACCAAAUCUUAUGAAUUAGCUUACAUAUCUUUUUAUCGUACUACUGCAUACCCUCUUUGUUAUUUCCAGAGUUUACUGUCUAUUUUGUAAAGCUUUUUAGUUUUCCACAACAUUGUAAUUUCAAAGUUUAUAUAAUCUCAAAUUUUCAAUUGGUUUACAUCCUACUAAUUCUGCAUGCUAGAGAUGUUUAACUGUUUACGUAAGAUUUAUAUCUUUACUUAUCUAUGGUGUUGUUUCUCCUACUAUUGAAUUGAUCCAUUUUUUUAUUCUAUUGUGUUCGCUUUGCUCUCAUCUUAACAAAGACAUAUAUCAUCGUGCCUGGAGUGGAGCUGAUGGUUCAAAUCGAUUGUUUCUUUUGUUAGUUUAAUUUUCUACUCCAUUGGCAUUGAAAAAAGGGUUGUAUACAUAAACUCUAUAACAUAAUAAGAUCGUAUCCUUAGCAAAAAAAAAAAAAAAAAUGAGCUCGAAAAUGUAAUCAAGAUGAGUUUUGUUUUGUACUAAUGCAAAAAAUAAUUUUUUUCCCUCACUUUCUUCUCUGACCUUAUAUAUGAUCUCAAUGGGAUAUAUGACUGCUGAUUGUUAGAAUAGAUAAAUAUAUUUCCUUAUUCCGUUAAUGUUAAAUAUGUGAAGAUAUAUACUUGGAGGCUACUGAUCCUCUGUAACUAUGUAGAGAUUAUUAU